CGCGCGCUCGUUCACUCGUUGAUGCCGUUUCGGGGGUGACCCCGGCGGCGGCGGCUCCAUCCCCGGCCGGGGCGGCGGAACGCGCUCCAUGGCGCGGGGGCUCUAGGAGCGGGGCUCCGUGGGCGGCGGCGAGCGAGCAGCUGCGGCCGGGGCAGCCAGGUGUCCGGGGGCGGCGGCAUGGGCGAGAGGGAGAGGAAGAUGUUGGAGCUAAGGCACCGGGCGGCCGGCGGCCUCGGCCCGGGCGCGGCGGCCUCGGCGGCCCGCGAAGGCGACGGCGCUGGCGGCGACCACGAAGCGGAGAGCACCAGCGACAAGGAAACUGAUAUUGAUGAUAAAUAUGGAGAUUUGGAUUCCAGAACUGAUUCUGACAUUCCAGAAGUUCCACCAUCCUCAGACAGAACUCCCGAAGUGCUUAAGAAAGCUCUGUCUGGCUUAUCUGCAAGGUGGAAAAACUGGUGGAUCCGUGGAAUUCUUACACUGACAAUGAUUUCAUUAUUUUUCCUGAUCAUCUACAUGGGAUCAUUUAUGUUGAUGCUUCUUGUAUUAGGCAUCCAAGUGAAAUGCUUCCAUGAAAUUAUUACCAUAGGCUAUAGAGUUUAUCGUUCUUAUGAGCUACCAUGGUUUAGAACACUAAGCUGGUAUUUUUUACUGUGUGUGAACUACUUUUUCUAUGGAGAGACUGUAGCAGAUUAUUUUGCUACAUUUGUUCAAAGAGAAGAGCAACUUCAGUUCCUUAUUCGCUACCAUCGAUUUAUAUCAUUUGCACUAUAUCUGGCAGGUUUCUGCAUGUUUGUACUGAGCUUAGUGAAGAAACAUUAUCGUCUUCAAUUUUAUAUGUUCGCAUGGACUCAUGUUACUUUGCUGAUAACUGUAACUCAGUCUCAUCUUGUCAUCCAAAAUCUGUUUGAAGGCAUGAUAUGGUUUCUUGUUCCAAUCUCCAGUGUUAUCUGCAAUGACAUUACAGCCUACCUUUUUGGAUUCUUCUUUGGGAGAACUCCCUUAAUUAAGCUGUCUCCUAAAAAGACUUGGGAAGGAUUCAUUGGAGGAUUCUUUUCCACAGUUGUUUUUGGAUUCAUUGCUGCCUACUUUUUAGCAAAGUAUCAAUACUUUGUUUGUCCAAUAGAAUACAGAAGUGAAGUCAAUUCAUUUGUAACAGAGUGUGAACCAUCAGAACUUUUCCAACUUCAGACUUACUCUGUUCCUCCCUUAUUGAAGGGAGUGUUGAGAUGGGAUACAGUGAGCUUGUAUCCAUUCCAGAUACAUAGCAUUGCACUUUCAACAUUUGCAUCUUUAAUUGGUCCAUUUGGAGGUUUCUUUGCUAGUGGAUUCAAAAGGGCUUUUAAAAUUAAGGAUUUUGCAAACACCAUUCCUGGACAUGGAGGAAUAAUGGACAGAUUUGACUGUCAGUAUUUGAUGGCAACUUUUGUGCACGUGUAUAUCACCAGUUUCAUAAGGGGUCCAAAUCCCAGCAAAGUACUUCAGCAACUGUUAGUACUUCAGCCAGAGCAACAGUUGAAUAUCUACAAAACCCUGAAAUCUCAUCUCAUCGAGAAAGGCCUCCUCCAGCCAUCCCUGAAGUUAUAGCUGGAUCCAUGAGGAACUUUAAGCAAUUCUGUAGAAAAGCACUGACAUACAUUUUGCACCUGUCUAGGAAAAAUGAUUUAACAUGCAGUAAAUUGAGGUUUUUAAAGACAAGAAUGUUACUUCUCUAAAAUUACUGUGAAUAUUUAAUAAACAUUUGAUCUAAGUAUGAAAUAUGUAACAAAUUGCUUGCAAAAUAUCCUGUAUUUUUUCUAGUGUAUCUCAUAAUAUUGGCAAGACAUCCCACUCCUUAUCUGCAGGUUUUCAAAAUGGAAGAACUCUAACCCUCCCAAAUGUAUAAACUAAAGAAAUGUUAAAGUUGUUCUAGAUAUAUCCCUCGCCCAAAUAUUUGCCAAUACAAUUCAAAACAGCCCUUUUAAUUCAAGGUUUUAUAGUAUAGUAGAAAAUCAACUUGACCAAUAGAUUCUUGUGUUUUAUUCUGAAAUAUUUUCUCGAGGAUAACUGUGUUACUAAGGCAUGAAUACAUUUAGUAUAACUGGAGAGAAUAAAAUCAUUUGCCAGGCAAAAAGUAUGUUUUUUAAGAUGAGGCUAAUCUAUAUCUUGUUGGACAAAUCUGGCAUUUAACUGUUCCUAAUUAAAUUGUGUGUAACAUUCUCUAGUAUGAUCAGUGAGUCUCAAGGAAAGUAUAAGGCACGUUCUAUUCUGCCUGAGGUACCCACUGUUACAAACAUUUCUUUGGCGAAAUGGAUUCAGAGCAGUCAUAGGCUGGCAGAAUAAUUGCCGUCAGCUAUUGAGACUGAAGCCCUUUCCAAUUUCCCUUCCUUGGCUGCGUUGGCCUUCUCAGAGAUGCUAUCACCAGGGCGCUGCUUCUGCACCAUUUGCCUAGAUCAUGAUCUGUCUUUUAAAGUCAUGAGCAAAUCAUUGAGCCUGAGUAAGGAGACUCCUGACCCAGAACAGAAAGCCCAAGAAGUCCAGGCCUUUGCUUUGGUGUAAUGGAGACCUGGACCUAAUUACAUUUCUCAUAAAUGGAUCAAAAUAAACAACUGAUGCUAUAGAAAUUCUCACCCUCUUUAUUCAAUUUACUGAUUGGAGUGAACAGUUCAAGAAAUUUAGUGUUCCUGGAUGCUAUGUAGGGAAUAACAGAUGUAUUUGUAAAGAAUAUUAUACUAACAAGAACAGUAAAUAUUUUUGUUUAUGUCAGAAUUCCAAUCACUUUUGAAUAUGUAAAGUGAGAAGUUGCUUUUAGCCUUAGGCAUUAUGUAAGUAUUCUGUAAAUAGCCUGGAAAUAAGAGAAAUGAUUGAAUGGAGAACUAAGAAUUAUACAUGAUACAUCUUAGUCCUACAUUCAUUUGGUUAUUAUUUGUUAUUAUUGAAUGAGUACAGUCAGCAAUAUUUCAUUGUGCUUUUCAUUAAAAAUCUAGAAAUGGCAUUGGAAAAUUCUUUGAUAACAAGAUGAGUUUCAGAAUCAGGAUGCUUGCCAUUUGUCUGUUUUUUCUCUAUUUGUCCCAUUGAUCACUAAUAGCAAAUCAUAAAAGCACUUUGGAUAUAUGUAAACAUGCACAUGUGGUGGACUUUAUAGAGAAAAAAAUAUAUAUGUAUGUAUAUGUGUGUAUGUGUGUCAGGAAGAUUAUAAGGUAUGUUUUAAUUGGUGGUCUCAUACAUAUGUGUGCAUAUUUGUAUAGGAAAAAAGUCUAAAUUUGGGAAAAAAAAUCUAAAAGAGAGGUCAUUGCUAGAUGUUAUGAAACAAUUAGAAGAGUCAAAAUAGCUAUCUUGUAAACAAUGAAAUGUAUUAUAAAAUAUAAUCCUAUAAUGGCCUUUUAGAGUUACAGAUAGGACUUCAAAUUGGGUGUACAUUCUAUAUGUAAAAACAGUCUUAAUUUUUAUUUUGACAGAGCUAUAAAGAUUUCACUUUUUUUAGAGUAAUUUUAUAGCAUGUAUUAAAAUAGAGUCUAUUUUAACAAAUGCAACCUACCCAAGUGGAUCAUUUUUAUAUUUACACUGUGAAGAAAUAAAUAUUUCAAAAUAGUAAUUGUGAUGGUGACAACAAAGUCAGAAUCUUCCUUUUCAGCUAUAAUAAUGGCCAAUUAAUCUGAAUCUACCUUUUUAAAAAAUUAAGUAUUCUAGUUAUUGCUUUCUACUCUUACAUUUGCUGGUUUACUUUUUAUUCUGUGGAAGGUAGAAAACUUAUUUCCUCUUAGUGAUCUCCUCUACACCCCCAUCUUGCUUCAUAGGUAUGUGUUUCCUGUUUAAGAAUGCAAUCAAUAGAAAAGGUGGGGGGGGGGGGGGUUGUGCUUUUCCAUUGGUGGCUUCUCUUCACUUACAUUUCAGUUUUUGCAAGGAUGUCAUACCCUGUUCAACAGAAGAUGUAGAAACAAUGUAGAUACUGUAAACAGGUGCCAGUUUAUUACGUGUGUUCAAAUUGGUUGCCUAAAUCUACUAAAGCUGGGUCGAGGGAUAAAUAAAACUUAAAACUCCA